GCAGCAGGUACUUAGAGCUUAAGCAAUGCGGGCAACACGAAUUAUGCCAUUAUUUCCGCUGCUGCUGCCGCUGCUGCUGCUGCUGGUCGUGCGCAGCAGAGCCGAGACGCCGGACGCCGCACACCUCCAGCAAAUACCUCAAUUAAGCCACGAGCAGUUGGCCCUAAUCGCAGGCAAUGCAACAGCGCGCUGUCAGCUCGUGCCGCAGCUUUGCGAUUGGCAGCUGCACCUGUACGAGGGGCAUGCCUUCCAGGUGAGCUUACCGGAGAACGGACCCCAGCCAGAUGAGCAGCAGCCCGGUGAGGCGCCCACGCAGCAACUGCUCUUCACAGUGCCCAGUGCUGAGCAUGAGCAAAUGCUGUUAAUCUAUGCGCAGGUGGAGCGGCAAGCGAAGCCCAGCUUAAAACCCAAAAACAAAUCAAAGUCAAAGUCAGGGAAAAGAAAGCGUCGUCUUAUGUCAACAAACUGAAAGACAGGUUCGAAAAAUACCGUAAAGCAC